CCAGAGAUGGACCAGCAGCUGUCACAGCUUGUGGAAGACUUGACCACCUCUGGGGAACCCCAGCUGGAUCCGAAGAAGAUGAAAGCGCUGAAGAACAUCUGCAGGUGUUCCGAUGAGCACAUCAACCGUGUUUACCACCUGCUGAUGUCCCAGUUAAGCCAGGAUCACGCCGAGAUCCGUCUUUCAGCCUUUCAGGUUGUGGACCAGCUCUUUGCUCGCUCGCACCUCUUCCGAACGCGGCUUAUUUCCAACUUCCAAGAAUUCUUAGAGCUGACGGUGGAAACCGACUAUGACCAGCCUCUCCCUCCACCCGCCGAAGUAGCCCAGAAGCUGAAAAAGGCCGCCAUAAAAUCUGUACAGGAAUGGCAUGAAAAGUACGGCGAAGCCUACAAGAAACUUUCCUUGGGAUACUACUUCUUAAAACAGAACAAGAAGGUAGAUUUUCAAGAUGUCCAUGCCAGAACAUUAGCAGAACGAAAAAGAGAUGAAGAAAGGCAAAAACGAUUGGAUAAUAUUUACAAGGAGAAAGCCCAAAAAGCUGAAAAGGAAAUGGAAGAGGCGUCUCCAGAAAUCCAGUCUGUGCUGACCGAGCUGGAGAGUUGUUUUCAGCUGCUGGUUCCAGAUCCUUUGGACUUCGCCAUGCACGAGGCUGAAACCACAGGUUGGAGGCGAGGUUCUUCGGCCCGGGUUGCAAGCCAGCAAGCAGCUUUCAUGGAUCACGAUCCACAGCCUUGUUGUAGCAAGGACCUCCCUGCCAUUUCUCCAGGGCCCAAAAACGAUCCUUCCCCCGACUCCGGUGGUGAAAUGGAGAAGGACCAAGAUCCAGAAGAUCCCUUACAAAAGCCUGCAUCGAGUUCUCUCGGGGUUAUGGGAGAUGAGGAUCCCGCCAUGUUCCUUCGCAGCCACGGACUCGGCUCUUACAAAUACACCCUCAGUCUUGAAGUGCCUUCAGAUGUGAAACUGAGCGAGAAUGAAGACAAUGCAGCCAUCAUCAAUAACCUUUCGGAUAGUUUUAAGCUCGUAACAAAUAAAUAUUUGCCAUUGGUGCAGUAUUGGAUUCAGUUAUUCACCAGGGCUGGGAUAAGCGACGAUCGCCUGAGACAAGCCAUUGACCUUAAAAACAGACUGGAGACGGCUUUGGAGAAGACUAAAAAAAUGAACAUUGAUUUUAAAGAGAGGAAAAACCAGACGAAAAGUGAAGAGGAGGAGGAGGAGGAGGAGGAAGAGGAGUUUGUGGAGGUGCCUGAGAAAGAGGGGUUUGAGCCGCACAUCCCUGAUCACCUUCGGGAAGAAUAUGGCCUGGAGCCUGUCUUGCCCACCAGGAAAAAUGUGGCCGGGACUGGAAAGAACAGAGCUGCCCCAGCAUCUCCGUUCUCGUCCCCAUCUGUAAGGAAGGAGGAAGAGCUGGAUCCCACCUGCGCUGCAGCCACCUGGAAAAUUAUCCGAGAUAAACUGCCCAGGCUGCCCACUGCAGAGGACAGGGAUUGUGAACCAACCACAUCCAAGGAGGCCAGCAAUCAACGCAAAGAGGAGAAAGCCAGAGCUCCCCUGGUCCCCUUUGGACUUGAUCUCUUCUACUGGGGCCAGGAGCAACCAACGUCUGGAAAAAUCCUCAGGUUUUCCUCUCAGCAUCGCUUCUGGGCUCCCAGUGAGGUGGAAGAAGAAGUAGAAAACAAGGAGCUUUCAGGGAUGCUCAAAAGCCGCUAUAUCACCUACGCUGGCACCUUUGAACCCGUGAAGCACAAGUGCCGAGCCCCGAUGCCCAGCGGAGGCCUUUGCGAAAGGCAGGAUAGAUUUAAGGUGGGUGCGAAGGUCGUGUCAGACCCUGUGCAGAAGAUCUCACCCAGCCUUUCUUCGAGGGUUUUGAGAGCAGGAGGAACUUGGAAUGGAAUGGAAUAGAAAAUAGA